AUGAUGAAAGUUACUUUUCUUCUGUGCCUUACCUUGUUGAAUUUUCCAAGUUCAACACCAUGCGUAGUUACGUAUGGACAAUGUGGUGGUCUUAAUUACAACGGUGCAACAGAUUGUUGUGCUCCGUCAACAUGCCAAUAUAACAAUGAUUGGUAUUCACAAUGUUUACCUGGAGCAAGCCAAUCAUCAUCCACAACAAAAGCGUCGUCAAGCUCAACUAAAGCAUCCAAUCAAGGAUGUAGUGCUGUUUAUGGACAAUGUGGCGGAACAGGAUGGACAGGUGCAACUCAAUGCUGUGCUGGUUCUACAUGUGUCUACAAAGAACAGUAUUAUUCACAAUGUUUACCAACAUCUACAGCGUCGACAGCUUCCUCGAGCACAGCUAAAUCAUCCAGCUCGUCCAGUACUACAGUCAAAUCGACCACAGCAUCUAGCACUACAGCGAAAACAACAACAGCUGGUAACGAUGGUCGACAAAAUGGCGUUACAACUCGUUAUUGGGAUUGUUGCAAAGCAAGUUGUGGUUGGUCGGGCAAAGCCAGUGUAACAAAUCCAGUAAAAACAUGCGCAAAAGACGGUAUUACAGCUGUUGAUGUUAACACUCAAUCAGGUUGCAAUGGUGGUACUGCGUAUAUGUGUAACAAUCAACAACCAUGGAAUGUCAGCUCCACCCUCUCCUACGGUUAUGCUGCUGCUUAUAUUGCCAACCAAAGAGAAUCCGAUUGGUGUUGUGCCUGCUAUUCAUUAGUGUUCACAAGUGGAUCCGUUGCUGGCAAGGAAUUGAUCGUUCAAGUAACAAACACAGGCGGUGACCUCGGCAACAACCACUUCGAUCUCCAAAUGCCCGGUGGUGGCGUUGGUAUUUUCGACGGCUGUUCAAGUCAAUUUCCUAGUGUGAGUAAAAGUUCGUGGGGACAACAAUAUGGUGGUAUCAGUUCCCGAUCCGACUGUGAUAAAUUACCAGCCGUUCUUCGAUCUGGCUGUUUAUGGCGCUUCGAUUGGUUCAUGAAUGCCGAUAAUCCACAAAUGCGCUUCAAACAAGUAACAUGCCCAGCAGUUCUUACUGCAAACACUCAAUGCGUUCGAAAAUAA